GCCGCAGCAGGAGCCGCAGCAGCCGCACACCGAACCCCGCUGCUCUCUGACCCGCAGCCCGCCCCCGAACCUCCGCAGGAUUCUGUCAAAGUCCCGCACACGCUCAGAACAAGUUUCCACAGAAAGACGCACAAGUUUGGAGCAGAGAGCGCGCACAUGGCUGCUCUCAUCAGCGCGUACUCGUCGUGGCCCGAGUCCUUCGAGUGUCCUCCCGGUGACGGGGACGAGGCGGACGGUCACGGGCCGCACCGGACCGCCGUGGACAAGGCUCCGGAGCCGCGCAUCAGGCGGCCCAUGAACGCGUUCAUGGUUUGGGCCAAAGAUGAGCGCAAACGUCUGGCGGUGCAGAACCCGGACCUGCACAACGCGGAGCUGAGCAAGAUGCUGGGGAAGUCGUGGAAGGCGCUGACGCCCCCCCAGAAGCGCCCGUACGUGGAGGAGGCGGAGCGGCUUCGGGUGCAGCACAUGCAGGAUUACCCCAACUACAAGUACCGUCCUCGCAGGAAGAAGCAGCUGAAGCGGAUCUGUAAGCGGGUCGACCCCAGCUUCCUGCUGAGCGGCCUGGCCCCUGACCACGGCCCCCUGGCCGACCGGACCCUCUGCCACCCGCUGGACAAAGACGAGGGCGGCGGCCCGGCCGGCUUCUCGGCCUCCAGCCCGCCGCUGCCAGGGGUCCGCAGCUUCAGGGAGCCGCCCGGCUCCAGCAGCAGCUUCGACGGCUACCCCUACGGCCUGCCCACGCCCCCCGAGAUGUCGCCGCUGGAUGCCGUCGACCACGAGCACGUGCCCCCCUCCUACUACUCGGGCGGCUCGGACGACCUGGGCAGCCCCCCCCCUUACCGCGCCGACUUCCCCCAGACUCAGAUCCACUGCGGGCCGUCGCACCUCCACCUGCCUCACCUGUCGCAGCCCUCCCAGAUGCCCGGCCCCCCCCUGUCCUACUACGGCCCCUCCGGCUUCCCUCAGAUCCAUGGUGGGCUGCAGCCGGGUCACCUGGGCCAGCUGUCCCCCCCACCGGAGGCCCAGGCCCACCUGGAAACUCUGGACCAGCUGAGCCAGGCCGAGCUGCUGGGCGAGGUGGACCGCGACGAGUUCGACCAGUACCUGAACUCCACCGGGGGGGGCUUCAACCCAGAGCAGGGCGCCAUGACGGUCACGGGACACAUCCAGGUGGCGUCCGCCGCCGCCGCCGCCUCGUGUCCCAGCAGCUCCACAGAGACCAGCCUGAUCUCGGUGCUGGCCGACGCCACGGCGGCCUACUACAACAACUACGGCAUCUCGUAAGAGCGCAAAGACGGACGCAGCCGAACCGGACUGACCACUGAGCAAUACGAAUGUCUGGACAGACACCUCAGGGACGCCACCUCCAAAUCUUCCAAACAGAGACUGUAAACGUGGCCAGCUGAGGCUUGUACAGACGCUCUGAAGCUAAUUUAAGUUUGAUGUAACUGUAAUGCUUUCACCCAUUCGAAUGUGUGUAUUCGUGUCCUGCUCUCCUGCGGGAGUCUUACCUCAGCCGCUGUAACUCCAUGAGGUUUUAGUUUUCUUAUGCAAUUAACAGAAUGAUGUAUAACGGAGGCAGAGAGCGUUUCUACUUCUUCUUCUCAACUACUUAAUAAUAUAUAAUCAACCUGAGAAAUAAUAAUGGUAACUAUAACUGUAUGCUGAUUUAGGUUUGUGAAGGACAAUAAUUUAAAAUAAAGUCAAUUUUUAUAUGAACGCUGCUUGGA